GCGCCGCGACAGUUUUACAUAAUCAGCAGCAGUCGAAGCUGCACUCAAAUCUCGAACUCAAUAGAACAACUCACAAGCUCAGCAAUGACCAAAUUGCUGUCCGUGUUUCUGCUCUCGCUACUCGCUGCAGCUUGUAGCGCCGGCUACAGCUCCUCCAGCGAUUCGUCCAGCUCCAGUUCGAGCAACACGAUUGCCGGCAGCAAGUGCGACAAGAAUCCGCUGACGGAGCUCACCUUCCAGCUGAGUGGCAGCAAUCUUCACUGGCCCUGCGACUCCACCAAGAACAUCUAUGUCCAAUCCGGUCGCUAUGUGCCCCGCAAUGUGAUUGUCACCCGUGCCCAGCUGCAACGCGACUCGGCGUUUGUUGCACUUCCACGGUACAAGCAAGGCGUUCCCUUUACCCUGGGCAAGGUGAACCUGAAGAAGGGAGAGUGUCUGGCCAAGAUUGCGCCGUAUCCAUGCUGGGCCAUUCAGGAGGAGGGCAACUGUCAGGCGCUGCAGUCUGUCGUCGAUGUGGCUGUGGAUCAGAAUGGUCUGCUGUGGGCUUUGGACGUGGGCAUUGUGAACACUUUGGAGCAGCCAAUACGUCGUUGCAGUCCCAAGAUUGUGGCCAUCAACACGGCCAACAACAAGGUGGUCAAGAGCAUUGAUCUCAGCGAUCUGGUUACUUCCGAGUCGCGACUGCAAUUCAUUGUCAUCGACUACUCCAAGGACAACAAGCCCUUUGUCUAUGUCGCUGAUGCUGGUGCACGUAGCAUUCUAGUCUACGACAUCACGGGUAACAAAUCGUAUCGCAUUGUGCUGCCCCGAGCCACAGCGCCCACCAACGAUGUGCUCUACGUGGCGUUGACCUCCAAGCCCGACGGCACCUCGACGCUCUUCUUCAGCUACCUGAGCUCCUCUCGCCUCUAUUCCAUCAAGGGCGAGUAUUUGCGUGUGGGCCAAGGAGCCGGCUCCAUCAUCGAUGUGGGACCCAAACCCUAUGGCAAACAAGCUGUGCUCUUGGGCGCCGAUGGCGGCACUUCGUUGUUCUUCCGCUACAAGGGCGAGAAUGAUAUCUAUCUGUGGGACUCGGAGACGUGCUUCAAGGCCUCCAAUUUGCAGGAGGUGCAGCGUGGCGGCGACUGUCGUCUCUCCACUCAGGUGCUGCCGGGGCACAAGCGUUUCAUGUGGGCACUGGAGAGCAACUUCCAUGACUUCAUCUCAGAUCGCACUGGCUGCAAUGGCGCCUCCAUUGUGCUGCAUCCCGUGGUGCGUGAAUGCGACGAUUAAGUUGUAUCGAAGUGCAAUCAAUCAGCAUUUUUUGAUUAGUUAAGUUAAGUUUUUGUUAUGCUACAAUAAAAAGUUAUUCAAGAC